AUGAGCAAAGGAACGUCUAUUAAAGACGCUCUAGCUUCUUGGGAAAAGGAAAAUGAGAAAAAGGCGAGUGAAAGUGAAGAAAUCAUCCUAUCCGCACAAAUGCCACCAAUCGAAAAAAUGGAUGCGAGUCUAACAAAUCUCAAAGCAUGCGUGAAGCUGUCGCUUUCUUCGAAUACAAUUGAAAAAUUUGCGAAUUUGAAUGGAUUAACCAAUCUGAAAAUCCUCUGUCUCGCGCGAAAUAAUAUCAAGAAUUUGAACGGACUCGAUUCAAUAGGCCAGACAUUAGAACAACUCUGGAUUUCUCACAACAACAUCGAAAAGAUGAAGGGCAUUCACGUUCUCAAAGAGCUGAAAGUACUUGUCAUGGCAAACAAUAAUGUGAAGGACUGGGGAGAGUUUAAUAAGCUGGCCGAUCUAAAGAAGUUAGAAGAACUCGUUUUCAAUGGAAAUCCACUGGAAGAAAAACACACACAAGAAGGCAACUGGAUCGACAUGGCUUCGGAAAAAGUACAAAGCCUCAAAAAAAUUGACGGGACGCCAAUUAUCCGUGAUGAUCCCGAUGAUGAAUAA